AAAAUUCUUUAAGAACAUUUUAACAAAAAUUUAACCAAAAGUUUUAAAAAAAAAUUUCGUCGUUCUGGUGAUAAUGGAAAAAAUUAAGUGUUACAUAAUGAUUUUCAAGACACUUGUAUGUCUUUCAAGUGUUUUAACAUUAUCGAAGGCACAAGAUACAUUUUCGAGUUUUAUUACAGAAUCGGUGGCGCCGAAGAAGAAAAGUGAUUAUUGCCUCACACCAGAAUGUAUUCAUACAGCCUCAAAUAUUCUGAGAAACAUUGAUACAAAUGUUGAUCCAUGUGAGGAUUUUUACGAAUUUUCCUGUGGUCGAUAUUUUAAAAAACCAGUAGCUUUAGACAUAAAUAAUUUUAUUGUUAAUAAUAUUCAAAGUAUUCGCACUAAAAUUUUGCAUAGCAUGAAGGAUAUUUUAGAGGAAAAAACUCUUCCUACCGAACCAAGAUAUGCACGAUUAAUAAAAAUUACUUAUCAAAACUGUAUUAAUGCAAUUAAUAAACAGGAGGAAAAUUUGACUUUAAAUUCGGAUUUUUUGAACCAAAUUGGUGACUGGGCUUCUUUGAAAGGUGAUUCUUGGGAAGAUGUCAGUUCGCAUUGGGAAGAUUUUGAAUCUCUGGUUAACGAUUAUUUGUCAUUAAUUGGUGAUAGCAAUUACCUCGAGGAAUUUAAUUUGCUUAUUAAUCAGAUUUCAAAAAGCGAACAAACAAACUAUCUUAUAUGGAGGGCAAUCAACGAUUUUCUAUUCAAUAAAAUGCAAUCAUACAAAUGGCAAACAUGUUAUUUAUACGUACAAGCAAAUUUCAAAAAUAGUUUUGGGGCCCUUUACUUUCAAAAAUAUUAUAAGGAUGGAUUUACCCAAAAAGAGCUUUUCAAUCAAAUGGUUGCUAAUAUUUCCCAACAAUUCAAAAUAACGCUUGAAAGUGCUGAUUGGAUGGACCAAGUGACAAAGGAUAAAGCACUUGAAAAGCUUGCUUCAAUUUUCUUUGUAGAUCAAAAUUUUUUCAAAUAUCAAGACGAUGAAAUUGAUAAAUUUUAUGCUGACUUGGAAAUAACGCCGGGGAAUUAUUCUCAGACGAUGAUGAAUAUUACAAAUUUUAAAAAGAAUCAUAAUGAAUCUUCUGAAGAUAAGACAAGUUGGAUAAAUCAACUUAAUCCAAUGUCAGUGACUGCAAAGUAUAUUUUAAGAAAUAAUACUAUUGCCAUAACACCCUCCAUUCUACGAGGAGUUUUCUUCAAUGAAAAUAGACCUCAGUACAUGAAUUAUGGAACAAUGGGUUUUAUAAUUGCACAUGAAUUUGUUCAUGCUUUCGACCAAAAAGGAAGAUAUUUCGAUAAAUUAAAAAAUUACGUCAAUUGGUGGAAAUUUGAGACUUCUUAUCAAUAUCACUCAAGAAGAAGAUGCAUGGUUCAUCAAUAUGGCAACUUUAGAAUUACAGAACUUGACUUAAAGGUUAGAAGUGUUAUAUCGAGUGAAGAAAAUGUUGCAGACAAUGUAGGGGUUAAAGUUGCAUAUUCGACUUAUGAAAAGUAUAUGAGAACUCACGAACCUGAUUUAUUAUUACCUGGAGUGAAUUUUUCUCAACGUCAACUUUUUUGGAUCAGUUAUGCUCAAGCAUUUUGCGAGGAAGCAAGUUAUAAUAAUCAUUUAAAAAUAUAUCAAUCCGGUACUCAUAGUCCAAGUAAAUUUCGAGUUUUAGGUUCUCUUGCUAACAGUCCAGAAUUUGCAAGUGACUUUCAAUGUGCACUGGGCACUAAAAUGAAUCCUGAAAAUAAAUAUUCAGAUGAGAUUGAUUUUUGUCUAACCCCUGAGUGUGUUCAUACAGCAUCAAGAGUUUUGAAAUAUAUAGAAACAAGUAUUAAUCCUUGUGACAAUUUUUAUAAAUUUGCUUGUGGUGGAUUUAUAAAAGAACAAUGGACUUCAGACAAAAUUGCAUUUAAGAAAGAUCAUUUUAUUAAGGCUAAUGAGAAUAUUCAGUUAUUUAUUAAGUCUAUUCUAGAAAGGGAGGUGGACUAUACUGAACCAAAAUAUUCGAGAUUGAUGAAAACAUUUUAUCAAAACUGCAUGAAAGCAACCGAUAUGCAGUACCGUAAUUUUUAUUCUCUUUCGUAUUUGUUAAACAAAAUUGGUGGUUGGCCCCUUUUGAUCGGAAAUUCCUGGAAAGAUGACAAUUUUCAAUGGGAAAAGUUUGGCACCCAAUUGAUAAAUGAGAUUAGUUUAGAAAAUCAUUUUAUUUUUUCGAAAAUUCGAGAGGAUGUGAAAAACAGUUCCAAUAUGGUUCUGGAGAUUAAGCAACCGUCGAAUUUUUACAAAUCGCCGGACUAUUACAAUUUAAUCGCAAUUACUACAAAACUUUUUAGAGCUGAAGAAUAUAAUAAGGAACAUGACAUACAACAAAUCCUCAAAGUAGAGAAAAAGAUUUUUAAUAUAACUGUACCAAAUUCAGAAAGAAAUGAUUCUUUCGAUAGAAUGACUCUAAAAGAGCUUGAGGGAAAUUAUUCCAAUAUUUUGUGGAAGGAUUAUUUUAAUACAUUUUUAAUGCCAGUGGCUACAAUUAAAGACGAUGAUAUCAUAUUAGUUGGCGAUAGUAACUACUUCAAGGGACUCAAUUUACUUAUUAAUCAGAUUUCAAAAAGAGAUCAGGCAAACUAUCUUACAUGGAAAGCAGUCUACGAUUAUAUCACGAAUUAUUUAGACCCAAAAGAAGUGGAAAAUAAUGAAUGGAAAAAGUGUUAUAAUAACGUGGGAGAUAAUUUUCAUGCUUUUGGAUUUUUGUAUUUCAGAAACAUUUUUGAUGAUGGUUUUAUCAGGACCGAUGGACUCAUCGAAAUGAUCAGUAAUAUUCUGGAGGAAUUCAAUGCAACUCUGACAAAUACCGAUUGGCUGGACGAUAAAACAAAGGAAAGAGCUCUUGAAAAACUGGCAUCAAUGUUUGUCGUAAAUCCAAAUAUUUACAAUUUUUACACUGAUGAGGAACUUGAUGAAUUUUAUUCAAACUUGGAAGAAACUUAUAAUGAUGAUUAUCUCCAAUCGAUGAUAAACGUAAAAUUGUUCAAUAAAUAUAAUGAAAAUAAUUUAUUCGGAAAAGCUAAAAAUAAGACAAGUUGGAGAAAUCAACUCAAUCCAUCAAAUGUGAAUGCAAAGCACAUUUUCACAAAUAACAGUAUUGCGAUAUCCCCGGCAUUACUUCGAGGGAUUUUUUUCAAUGAAAACAGACCUCGUUACAUGAACUACGGAUCUCUGGGUUAUAUAAUUGGACAUGAAAUAACUCACGCUUUUGACAACAACGGAAGAAAUUAUGAUAAACUCGGAAAUCUUGUCGAUUGGUGGGAAGCAGAAAGUAGCGAAAACUUUCUUUCCAAAGCGGAAUGUUUUAAUCACCAAUACGAAGACUACACAGUACCAGAAGUUGACUCAAAGAUUAGAGGAAACAAAACACAAAAUGAAAAUAUUGCUGAUAAUGGAGGAAUUAAAGUUGCAUAUUUAGCUUAUGAAAGGUAUGUGAAAACCCAUGGACCUGAGUUAGUGUUGCCAGGUGUGAAUUAUACACAACGUCAACUUUUUUGGAUCAGUUUUGCUCAAACUUAUUGCGAGAGAAUAAGUUCUAAUGUACUGUCGUUCUUAAUGCAAUACGACGUGCACAGUCCUCAAGAAUUUCGAGUUUUGGGUUCUCUUUCUAAUCGACCAGAAUUUGCAAGGGAUUUUCAAUGUGCACUAGGCACUGAAAUGAAUCCUGAAAAUAAAUGUUCUGUUUGGUAAAUUGUCAAUCUUAUCGAAAGUAAUGACAUAUGUACACCGAAAAAAAUCUCGAUGGUAUUAUUAACUAUGACCCUAUAUAGUUAAUCUUAACCUAGUAAAAGUAAUAAGGAUUCCUAAUCAUUACGAUUAGGAUCGCUAGGUUGAUUCAACAAAUCAAAGCCUGGCAAAAACAACCCUGCAAAUCCUAGUCAAAUUGACUAGGAUUUUAGUUAUUUUGCCUAUUUCCAUAAUGCGCACGUGUGUCUGCUUCUGUUUUGAGUGUUUACCUCUAUAUCAAUCGCGUCAUUUAUCGUGAUUUAGUAAAACGAUUGUUUAUCAUAUCAGACUUUUUUGGUUUGGUUUCAAUAUAAAUCGUCGAAAUUUUUACGCACGUGGUGACAACAUUUUUACUAUUUCAAUAGCGCAGUGUGUUUGAAAAUUUACCUUUGUAAUAAUUUGUGUAUUUAAAUUUAUUUUCAUUUAAAUGGCAUAAAUAAUUAAAAAUUAAUAAUUUUUAGCAAGUAGAUAAAAUUGUGUACAUAAAACAUAUAAAACAUCAUCUGAUUUUGACUCAAAAAUCUAGUGUCUAUUAAAAAAUUAAAAUACCAAGUCGUGUUUAGUGUAUAUAGUGGUUAUCGUUCCAGGUUUCAAAGUGCGUAUUCUUUAGGUUCAGG